UUGCCAGCUGGCAUUUAACAUUUAUUACACAGUGCUUGACUAAAUCUUCACUUCUCGUAAACUUUAACAUGUGUGUUAGACCGGAAUCUCUUUUUUGCGCAGUGUUUUCCCGAUGUCGAAAAGGGGCACUUGAUGCACAGGAACUACUAUUUGGAUCCAGAGCUUGGUGGAGCUGCCACGUGCGUGACGUUCGAGAGAUACGGAUCUUAUGAAAACUUUUCAACGCCCAUUGCUUUUCGUUUUGGAAAAAAAUGACGAAAGUGUUUCCCGGAUGUCGGAAAAUGGUACCUUAUGCACAGGAACUACUAUUCGGACCCAAAUUUUGGUGGAGCUGCCAAGUGCGUGACGGUCGAGAGAUACGGAUCUUAUGAAAACUUUUCAUCGCCCCUUGUUUAUCGUUUUGGAAGAAAUGAGAAAACGACCGGGCAGAUCACACUUGACGCUGCACCAUGCUACACGUCCAGAAACAAAGCAGUCUUCGAACCAUACGACGAUAGUAUGCCUCAAGAAAUAUUCUACGCCGUUUACACAGACUGCACAAAAUGCACAAUCCUUCGACAUCAUUAUGCCGAAAAUGGAAAUGGCUGUUCCUUCUGGCGCAAUGAAGAAACCAUGCAUGAAGAGGCGGACUGCUGCGACUUCAUCUACGAUGAGAACUGCGGCACGGCGCCGAAGUACCAGAUGUACGACGAUUCCUGCGGCUGGAACUUCUAGACCAGCUUCUGUUGAAUCAUCGUUAUCCUGUGGAUUGUCUCCUGCCCUCGCAAAUUAAGAUCGAAUGCCUGUAAAUGUAUUAAACUUAGAUAAUUUUAGUUCGAGACGCUGCAGAGAUUACUCCGAGAAGUUUAGGUUAGUGUGAUCAUGACUUGCGCUUUCUUUAGUGAGUCUUUAAGAGUUUAGUGUAAUAUUUUAAUUGACUGAUCGAGUGAUUUUUGCCCUGCCGUAUAUAGCAGAGCUGAUUUGUUGGCUGGCUUGCUUUUCUUUCUUUUUCCUUCACUUUCAUUUCUGGUGAUUCGCCUGCAGAUCUGAGUUUCCUAGCCUUGGUACGCAUACACUGUACUGCAAUGAUCUUCAUGCAAUCUUUAUGAGGAAAGCUCCGUGUCCACUUUUUCUUGUUCUUAGUUUUAACUUUUGUUUUCCAAUUUUUUGUACCGACUGUUUUGAUGUUAUGGUCUAUUACGUUGCGUCAAUAGUGCUUUUGUGGCUUUGAUACUUGUUUUUAUUUAUUAGCGUUUGUUUUUCGUUGAUGUGAAUCCAGUUACCGCUACUGAAUGUCUUUAUGAAGGCCAGUAAGGUGUAAAAGAGUGAAUAAAUAAAGGAAUGCAAGUAUAUCAGUAAAGCAAUACAUCAAUAAAGUUGUAGUUAUUGUGC